CUCUGCCAUUAUUGCCCACGCAGCGCAGGCCAUCCUCUCUCCUUCGCUAUAUCUACAUGGGGUCCUGCUCCUCGCUUUCCUCAUCCACUUCUCCCACCACCUCCUCUGCUUCCUCCUCACCCUCGUCCCGUCGCACGCGAGCGUUGCCCGUCCGCCCGCCUUCGUACGUCCACGCUCCCCCCCCCCCCCCAACCCAACACACACACCUCUUCCUCCUCCGGCACUCGUUAGGCUGCAGUAGUAGAUACUUUGCUAGUACAUGUGAGGUCGAUGCGGGAGGAGAUGGCGGUGGUGGUGGAGGCGCCGCGGCCCAAGUCGCCGCCCAGGUACCCGGACCUGUGCGGACGCCGGCGGCUGCAGCAGGAGGUGCAGAUCCUCAACCGCGAGAUUGAUUUCCUCAAGGAUGAGCUACAAUCACUCGAAGGAGUUCAACCAGUUUCUAGAAGUUGUAAAGAGGUCUAUGAAUUUAUUGGUACGAAACAAGACCCACUAAUACCAAUACAGAAGAAGAGGCACAGAUCCUGUCAUCUUUUUUGGUGGAUCAGAUCAAAAUUGUGCAUAUGCAUGUCAUGGUUUUGCUGUUCCUGUCAGUGCUUUCCUAAGUGCAAAAGACCAAGUUGCUUCGAUUGCUCUUGCUGCUCAUGCUCCAAUGAGUCGUGCUGCAAGCCAAGCUGCAAAUCAUGCAACAAGCCGUGCUGUGGGCCGAACUGCUGUUCCUGUUGCCACGCGUCCUGCUGCAAACCUGAUUGCUCAUCCUGUUGCCACGCGUCCUGCUGCAAACCUGAUUGCUCAUCCUGUUGCCACGCGUCCUGCUGCAAACCUGAUUGCUCAUCCUGUUGCCACGCGUCCUGCUGCAAACCUGAUUGCUCAUCCUGUUGUCCGAACUGCAGCUCGUGCUGCGAUCCAUCAUGCUGCAAACUUGACUGCAGCUGCUUCAAGAUCCCUUCAUGCUGUAAAAAAAUCAAGUGCAGUUGCAGCAGCCCAAAUUGCUGCACCUGUAGCCUCCCAAGCUGCUCCUGCUGCAACCCCUGCGGCAGAUGCAGACAGUGCUACUCAUGUUCUAACGGUUGCUGCGACUGCAAGCCAAACUGUAGCUGCUUCAACAAACAAUGUUGCAGUUGUGCAGAAUGCUGCUCCUGCUCUUGCCCUCGGUGCUCAAGCUGCUUCAGUUGCUUCAAGUCCUUCAAAUGCUCCAACUUAUUUGGGUGCCCCUGCAAGCAGUGCUUCAACUGCCAGUCAUCGUGCUGUAAGGGGACGCCUUCUUGCUGUAAGUGCCAGUCAUCGUGCUGCGAGGGACAAGAUGGCAGCACCUGCUGCUGCAGAUCAUGCUUCAGUGUUCCCAAACCGUCGUGCCCCGGCUGUUCUUGUGGGUGUGUUUGGUCCUGUAGGAAAUGUACAGAAGGAUGUCGAUGUUCUGGGUGCUGUAAUCCGUGCUGUGCCACUGGAUGCUUGUGUUAAAACUAGACCUUUUUCUAGUGGUUGUUUUCGUGCUUGUCAGAUGGCCUUCUGUUUCGUUCGAACUUUGAUAUAUGGAGUUUUCUGUAGAGAGAUGUCUCUCUUGCCAAGCCAUAGGGCGGCGAAAUUGAAGAGUGAUAGUCAUUGAGUAUAAAAUGAGUAUAAAAUAUAGAGGCUUUUAU